GUAUACCUAUAACAUAGAUGCUGUGUGCCCUGUGCCAUCCCCGCACUCCGAGAUGAUUUGCUCUCCGGCGAUGGCGAUUAGACUCUUGCUGGUGCUAGGACUCUCUUCCAGGCUCUUAGUCAGCUCAUGUGAUUAUUGGACGAUUGAAUGUGCUACAACAGGGCAAUGCAUUCCACGCGAUGGUAUCUGUAAUGGUGUAUUUAACUGCUACGACAAAUCAGAUGAAAACGUUUGUUCUGGAAAGCGGCUUAUGAUACAUUCUGCUAGUACAACGACCACUACUACCACAACCACUACAACUACUACGACGCCCGCCCCCACCCCUCCCCCACCCAACAACGUGGAGGAGAGCGAGGCGCUGGGUCAGAAGUUCGCUCGGACCUUCAACGACACACUCCACCACCCAAGAUGCCCCAAGCUCUACACCAGCGUCGGGAACAAGUGCCUCUCUCUCCUCUACUUCGUCAAGGUCGGCUGGGGGGAGGCGAGGGCCCUGUGCUCGGCCAUCGGCGGGGAGCUGGUUCGCUAUCCUUCUGCCUCCGACGGGGAGUUCGCUGCCCUCCUCAAGUACCUACGGGAGAUAGGGAUGACGACGGACUUCUGGGUGGGAGGCCGGUACACGAAGGACACCGAGGCGUGGACGUGGCUGGACGACGCCCCGAUGGACCUCGGCUCGCCCUACUGGGCCGUCAGACACACCGACAGCUGCAGCAGCCGCCAGCAGGAGUCGGCGCCAGACGGCAAGCCUGAGGACGUCGCCUACUGGACCAACACUUCGGCCUGCUACCACUACGAGCAGGCGCCCCGGCGCGACUCCCACGAGCUCUGCGCCGCCGUCACCUUCCGCCACUACUUCUACAUGAGCGACGAGGACUGCCUCAGCGUCAGGAGCCCUCUGUGUGAACAUGUUCCCAGCACCGCUCAUGACCUCACGCUCGCUGGCGAUCCGUGAUCGUUGCACUACUUCAAGAAUCCUUUUUGAAUGUUUUUAACAUGAAUCAAUUAUGUUUUUAAUUUUGUGAAACGGCUACAUAAACAUUUAUUGUAGUAUAGACUUAUAAGAAGAUAACUUUGAAGGGUUACAAUUAAGUUGGAUGUCAUGAAACUUUACUGUAUAUUUAGUUGUAAAAUGUUGAUAUAAAUACAAGCAAUGUACAUGAACAAUUACUUACAAACAGUAUAUAUACAUAUGCAUACGAUGACGUGCAGGAAGUGCACAAUAAUUCUAUUCUUGUGUAACAGGCCCUUCGCAGUACAAAGUACUCUGAAGCGUCGAGCUUUUCAGUGCUUCCGUGUCACGUGUCCGUGUUAUGAACAUUAAUUGAGAUAGAUCACUUAUCUCAAACCCCAAAACUAAGAUGGUUAUCAUAUGUGUUUAGAUAUAUAACUUCUAUGUCAUCUGUAUAUAUGUAAGUUAAUAAACAGGUGACUGUA